AUGGCUCAACGCGUCACACUCCGAAAACGCCAACCCUACAACACCACCUCAAGCCGCAGACGCAUCGUAAAGACCCCAGGUGGAAAACUCGUGUACCACCAUAUCAAGAAACUUGCUACUCAGCCGAAAUGCGGUGAUUGCGGUAUUGGUCUUCCUGGUGUCCCUGCUCUCCGUCCCCGCCAAUACGCAACGAUUUCAAAGCGCCAAAAGACUGUGUGCAGGGCUUAUGGUGGUUCGCGAUGCGGAGACUGUGUCAAGUCGCGCAUUCUACGAGCAUUCCUUGUAGAGGAGGCAAAGAUAGUCAAGAAGGUCAUCAAAAGCCAACAGAAGGCAGGAGGCCGCAAGUAA